AUGGCGGCGCCGAGCGCCGGGCCCGGGCCGGGGGCGUCUGCGGGGCUCGAGGCGGCCCUGCAGAAGCUAGCGCUAAGGCGGAAAAAGGUGCUGAGUGCAGAGGAGAUGGAGCUGUAUGAGCUGGCGCAAGCGGCGGGCGGCGCCAUCGACCCCGAUGUGUUCAAGAUCCUGGUCGACCUCCUGAAGCUGAACGUGGCCCCGCUCGCCGUCUUCCAGAUGCUCAAGUCCAUGUGUGCCGGACAGAGGCUGGCGAGCGAGGCCGCCGACCCUGCGGCCCUGCCUCUCCCCGCGGCCAGCGUGUCUGAGACCCGAGGGAGAAACAAAGGCGGUGCUCCGCUCACUGGAGCCCCGGCCCUGGCAGAGCGGACCGGCCGGGAGGGGACCAGCCAGAGAAUGCCCCGACAGCCCAGUACCACCAGGCUGCCCAAGGCGGGCGGGUCUGGGAAGAGCCCCACUCGGGGUGGCACCUGA